UCAUCAUCGGCUGCCAUUUGCAAAAUUUAACGUCAUACCGAUUUUCGUGAAUGGAUUUUACAAAUCCUGCGUGUACGUGAUAAAUAGUGUUUCUUCUUUAAAAUUACAAUAAUCUAUUUUCUAUAUAUUGUCAAUUUGUCCCUAUUAUAUUGUUUUUGCCAUACCAGCGAUUUUUAAAAGCGGAUUAAUCAAAGUAAAAAAUCCGUGGUAUUGUAAAGUUGAAGUGCUUGUUUUAUGAAUAAGAAGAACAAAAAUUGUCAGGCAAUUUGUGUUGAAAAUCAUCGAAAAAACUGCAUUUAUUAUAAAUUCGUAGGCAUUCCGAAUAUCACAUAUUGAAGUACAUAUUUAUAUAUCUAUCCAUAUACGAAAAUUGUGAGAACGUAGUUUUUUGGUGAGUUGGAAGUCUUACUUUUUCCUCUGUACAAUAAAACCAAGAGAUUUCUUAUUGAUAAGCCGACAUUUUUACAGACAAGUUUUGAUUUCAGUGUUUUAGAAUUUCUGCUUUUUUUAUUCAAUAAUAUUAGUUUCAUUAAUGAGCAAUGACAACAAAGUCAUAGUGAAAUCCGUCCAAGGACGACAAUGAACUAAUAAUUUGUGUUUUCUAUGAAUGAAAAAAAUACAAGAAAGUCCUCACUCAGGUGACCUCCUAAUUUUUUUUCUUUUAACUUAAUUAAAAUAUUGACUCACAUGUACCAUACGAUUUUUAAGAAAAGUAUUUAUUGGUCACUAUUGUGCUGAAAACAAAGGAAAGGAAGAUGAGAAGCUGUAGUAUAGCAGUCAUGUGAUACAAUAUUUUACGAUGAUGGGAUCUUUUUUAUGACAACACAGACGUGGCUACGUAACAAAGAAUGAAAAACAAAGUCUUAAUUUACAAAACAGCAACUUUAUUCGGACAAAAGGAAUCAGGAAGGGUACGGGUUAUUAGCCCAUAUGAGAGUAUGUUAUGUUAGUAAUUAAAUUAAUCGAUAUUUCAACAUUAAAUUACUAAAUGACUAAUUGAAUUUAUAGAUAAUAAAGAAAAAAAAAAUGAAGACGAAAUAUUUGAAUUUACCGACUCCCUUAACUGGAAUUUUAUAAAUAAUGUAAAUAAAUUUACCAGUAGCCCCCUCGGUAAAGAUCACAUUCCAAAUGUGAUUACAAUAAAACCACAUUUUUCCCAAGUUUUACACAGAACGGCUUGACUUCUUCAGGACUUCUAGAGGACCAUUUACUGCUCAAAAAAUUAAUUGUGAAAUGUGAAUGAUGACACACCUAAAAUUUUCAACAUAUUGUAGGUACAUAGAUCACCAAAAUUAUCAAUUGAUUUGAAGAAAUGUGAGGAAGCACAACAUUCCCGCGUGAGUCACUGUUAAUCCUUUCGCGAUUAUUUUUUUAUGCUGUCUAAUGAAACUUUUAUAUUUUCAUAUUUUCUUAAGCUAGAAAUCUUACCUAAAUAGAUACUCUAUGUGCUCUACGAGUUCCCACAGAACAAAUUUAUAAAGCUUUAGCUAUGGUUUUUGCUUUCUUGUUACCAAACAGUGAAUUGUAAUAUUUCUUUUAGCAAUACGUGAAUCAGUAACUAAAUCAUCAACAAAUCUUAUCAUUCUUGAGUGUUCAAUCUAAAAUAAAAAUGUGAAUAUUGUGCAUAUUACACGGAUUUUUGUAAAUACUGUAAAAGAACUAAAUCAUUAUUAUAUUGAACCGCUAAAUCAUUGAGUCAACAAAGCCACUUUUUAUGCAUAUUUUAGUUAAACAUGUAUGUGCAACAUACCUUGAAGCAUUCUUAUCAUAUGGCGUCUUUAUCUCUCAACCUACGCAAAUUCGAGAGCUAUCAGUAGAUGGAUAAGAAAAUAACUGCUUCGCAUUUGUUUGCUUUCUUUGUUCUCCAUAAAUAAAUUACAUAGCCUUAUUGUCCAACAAUAUUACUUUGAGCUCUAAAAAGGUGAUUUUUUUUCUUUAAUAAAUUAUUAGAAUUCUGAUUUAGGUAGCCUUUGAAAAACUUAAAAUUUUGAAAAGACAUAAGAGAUAUCGAGCUUCAACAAUAGUCAUUAAAAUAUUCUAAACACCUGUAAUAGAAUAUUAUUAACGAUAUUCACAAUAUAGGUACCUGCUUACUAAUUAACUAAUUGAAUCAAGUGGUGUCGAAGCUUUCUUAAUAGCAAAAUAGAUAGUGAGAGGACACUCUUGCCUAUUUUUUUUAGGAAAUUGCUAUUUAACCCUGAAAGUUUUAAAAGUGAGAAUUGGAGAAAUGUUCAUAUAGAAUGAUUAUUUUUCUUGCAUUUUCUUGCAUGACUUUUUACUUUGAUACCUAAGUCGAGAAUGAAAUUUACAAGAAAAUCUUUUUAAAAAUAUAGUUUUUUUCAAUUUUUUUACUUUACACAGUUAGUAUACAUACAUGACUUAUACGUACGUACAUAUAUUUAGCAAGUAUUGUAAUCUUACAGAAGAGGUAAUAACUAAAAUAAGAAAAUUAAACCCAGCGGAAAAAUUAUAUUACGUAAAAAUUGAAUUGUGGGGAUUACAAUUUUCUGUGUGUAAAAAGAGCUUUUCUACGAUUUCACUGUGACUUUGGUGUGAAUUGCGACCUUUCUCUAAGGUAAAAUUUCAAGUGCAGGCACACUAAAAAACAUUUUUUUUUCAACAUUCUCAGUCCAUAAAAAUACUUCGGAAUUUGAGGGUGUACAAAUAAGACUAAUACAAAUAUAAUUAUUUUAUAAAUUAUCAGAGGAUGACAGGCCGCGUCCUUUUUUUAGUUUCUCAUAAUUUUAUUUUACAUUGACAUCAGUCAAUAAAGUCAAUUAUUGUCUGAAUAGCAAUAAAGAAGAGUGUAUUGGUCCUAAAUUAAAAAACUACCUGUUUCUUCUCAAAUUUUUUAAUGUUUGAGGAAGAAAUAAAGUGCCCUCGAAACUUCACAUGCAAAAUAAAAUUGAGAAAAAUUAAAAAAGGUCUUGUUCCUGAUCCUCCGCCAACACAAAUAAAAUGACCAUUGAACCAAAUAUAUAUUAUAUAAAUAUUAUGUUCUUCAUAGAUUCGUUGCGAUUAAUAUUAAAAUUUGAAAAUUUUAGUUUAGAAACUCUACAAUGUAUUUUUGUUCAUUUCAAUAAUGAAUGUGGCCUCUUCUGCUUCAUAAAAAAAUCAAAAGCGUUUUUUUUAAGUAUUUAAUAUAAAUGAAAGCUAAAUGAAUCAAUAUUGAAAUUUUGAAAAUGUUUAAUUGACUAUAUAAAUUACUCAUACUAUUAAUUAAAGAAAAUAAGUAUGUGAUUUAUUCAUUUCAUGUAUCCGUAGCUUGCUUUUGGACAAUUCUAAAAGUGUUGUAUUUGUUAAAAAGAAACACAAAUAAAAAACUCUCAAGAAAACAUAAAAAUGAAGAAGCAGAAGGACGAUAUGCAAGUAAACGUGGCGGGGAUCAGGAGAAAUAUCAAAAAUUUAGCGCACAAUUAUUCCGAUGCUCAGGUAAAAGUGCGAGAAGCCACUUCAAAUGACCCAUGGGGUCCAUCGGCGACACUCAUGGCAGAAAUUGCCGAUCUAACAUACAAUGUGGUGGCAUAUUCUGAGAUUAUGGCAAUGAUAUGGAAACGUCUUAAUGAUCAUGGCAAGAAUUGGCGUCAUGUGUACAAAGCUUUAAUAUUACUUGAGUAUUUAAUCAAAACGGGAACGGAGAAAGUGGCGCAGCAAUGUAAAGAAAAUGUUUUCGCUAUUCAGACAUUGCGGGAAUUCCAGUAUUUAGAAGAGGGAAAAGACCAAGGGUUACAUGUGCGAGAAAAGGCGAAACUACUUGUAACACUACUAAAAGAUGAUGAACGCCUGAAGAAUGAACGUGCAAAAGCCCUUAAGGCCAAGGAGAGAUUUGCCCAACACGCUAGUGGCUUUGGAAGUGAUGGGUCAAUCGAUGGGCCGACACAUCGUGAAUCCAGUGGAUGGCAUGAUACAGAUUCACGACCAAUGAAUGUUAAUGAUAUGGAAUUUGUGCGACCCCAGACUGUGGGUGAGGAGGAGCUGCAACUCCAAUUGGCAAUGGCCAUGUCUCGCGAAGAAGCUGAACAAGAAGAGGCUAAGCGCCGGAGUGACGAUGUUCGACUUCAGCUGGCACUGAGUCAGAGUGAGCAAGAUUUCAAAACGCAGAAGGAUCCACAAGUAGGAGCUACGCAAUCGAAACAACAACAGAAUCACCUUUUAGAUUUGCUUGAUAUCUCCUUGGGAGCUACAAGUAUUUCUAGUCCCCCAGGUGCCGUUGAUCCUUGGGCAAUGCCUCAGCCACCAAACAGUCGUCCUUCAGCGGCCUUGCCGGGGGAUCCUUGGUCAAGAACAUCCUCACCACCGGUUGACCCAUGGUGUCCAGUAUCUAAGGGUGCUGCUGCCUCGCUGCCGCCUAAACCUGAUGGAUGGCUGUCCCGCAAUGAAUCACCGUCUAUUGCCUCAGGAUCAUCCAAUGAGGGUUGGCUCAACACACCGCAGCAGCUAGCAUCAAAUGGUAAUGUUAGCGGUGAUCCAUGGAGUGCGAAGAAGAGUUCCCCGAAUGAUCCUUGGAAAACAGAGCAAGAAAAAGGAACAUCUAGUGAUCCAUGGCAAACGUACAAAGACUCCUCAAAUUCUAACAGUGACCAAGCUGCAAGUGUCGAUCCGUGGUCACCAGGUCACAAUAAGGUACCUCCAAUGGGUGCUCGUCCAUCCCCCGUGGGCGCUAUCAUGUCCCCAUCAUCGGAUCUCGAUGAAUUCGAUGUUAUUACAAAUCGCACGAAGACCAACGGAACUAACAACAAUAACUCCUCCAUUUUGGAAGAAAUGGAUCCGCUGUCAUCAUCACAUAGUAAACCUCCACAAAAGACCCCGCAGUCGUUCUUAGGAGAGAACUCUUCACUAGUGAAUUUGGACAACUUAAUCAAACUCCCAGUCCCUAAUACAGCAAUGAGUCAUAACAACCCUUACAACCCAUUCAGCGAUGUAACUGGGACACAGCCGAAAAAUGCUUUCCAGCAAAAUCAAUCCGUUCCGUCCAUAAAUCAGUUAAAACAGACUCCGUUUCCAAUUUCAAUAAGUCAAGAUCCAUGGACGCCUGUUAACAACUCCACUAACAAUUCACAGCAAAUCAAAUCAUUUGGCAAUCCGUUCUACGAUGGCGAAUUUUUGCAACCGAUAAUUCAGCCAGAUAUAACACCGGUUAACAACAAUUGCAAUAAUUUCUAUGAAAAAUUUCAUGAUGAUAAAGAGAAUGGAGAUAGCGAUCAAGACAAUUUCUACUUUAGUAGAUGCAAAAAGUUUAAUAAUAUCGAAAAUUAUUUUUCUCAAACAGUGGGAGCUUGGACACUAAAAUAAACUGAAAUAAAUUAUUAUUGGUAAAUUAAAAAAUUUGAUGAUUUUUGCAUGAAACACUUAUCACAUACGCAUCACUAAAAAAAUAAGUUAUUUCUAUUUUAUAGAAAUAAAACCUCAAAUGAUUUCUUAAUUUACCUGAAUAUAUCUUUUUUUAAAUAAUAAGAAGCAAUACUUUCCUAAUACAAUUUUAUAUAUGUUUAUUUUUUCUAGGACAACAUGCCAUGGAUACAAAA